AUGGCGGCCCGCACCGCUUUGGCGGCCCUUGUGGCCCUUGUGUGCGCUGCUUCCGUGGCAUCCGAGAUCGACCUUGUCCAGAACAUGGCCUACUUGAAGCCCAUCGUGAAUGCUGCUGAAGACAUCGCUGCGGCGGUUCAGGAGCCCGUUGCUGGGGCAGGUGUGGGGCGCAAACUGCUGCAGACCAGCCCCCUUGUUGAUGACCUCACCGUUCCCCGCUCCUUCCAGUACGGGGUUGCCAGUGGUGAUCCUUUGCCCAACCAGGUCAUCCUCUGGACACGUGUCACUCCUGUGCCCUCUGAUCAGCGUGCUCUGGUCUACUUCCGGGUUGCCACUGACUCCAGCCUUAACACAAUUGUGACCCAAGGGGCUGUUGCAACCGACUCCGGCGUCGACUGGACUGUCAAGGUGGAUGUGACUGGCCUGACCCCCGGCACGACCUACUACUACCAGUUCACGAGCGGCAGCGCCAAGUCCGCCGUCGGCCGCACGCGCACCCUGCCCGUCGGCGACGUCGACCACGCGCGCAUUGCCUACAUGACGUGCUCCCAGUACCCCUCAGGGUACUUCAACGCCUACGGCCACGUGGCCACCCAGCCCGACCUCGUGGCUGUGCUCCAUCUGGGCGACUACUUCUACGAGUAUGCCGCUCGCCCCGCUGAAGCCACCAUGUUCAGCCCUCCCAGGAUGGUUCAGGACUUCCAGACCGUCACACUCGAGCAAUACAGGGCCCGCCACGCGCUGUACAAGACGGACCCCGACCUGCAGGAGGCGCACCGCGUGCACCCGUGGGUGAUCGUGUGGGACGAUCACGACUCCGCCAACAACGCGUGGCGCAACGGCGCGCAGAACCACAAGACGGCAACCCAGGGGCCCUGGGAAGCGCGUCUCCAGGCCUCCGUGCGCGCAUGGUACGAGUGGCAGCCGGUGCGUCAGGUGCAGUUCGACCUCAAGCUCCGCAUCUACCGCUCGUUCCAGAUUGGCAACCUGCUCGACCUCAUCAUGAUCGACACCCGCCUUAUUGGCCGGGACCGCCAGACCGACGACCCCCCAGACCCCCCGGUUCUCAACUCCACUGUCGGAAACGACAACUACGCAGCGCUCUUCGACCGGCAGAGGACUAUGCUCGGGGCGACCCAACUGAGCUGGCUGCAGGGACAGCUCAGCGAUUCCAAGGGCCGCGGCGCGACUUGGCGCAUGAUUGGCAACCAGGUCCUCUUCACCCAGAUGCCCGCCCAGAUCCAGGACACCGACCCGCUCUUCAACUCCUUCAUCGGUCCGGUUGUCGGUUACUCCGACGGCUGGGAUGCGUAUCCCGAAACCCGCUACCAGGUUCUGGAGCACAUCCGCCGCAACGCGAUUGACAACGUCGUCGUCGUGACGGGCGAUACGCACGCCACCGUCGUAUCCGAUAUCCCCUUCUACCCGUAUCAAACGUGGGGGCGCUCGUAUAUCGGCAACCCCAAGAACACCGCCAACGGCAACCUCGGGGUCAACGCUAACUUCUCCCGCGGGACCGGCAGCAUGGCGGUUGAGGUCGGCGUGACGUCAGUCACCUCCAGCUUCUACGGCGAGGAUGACGCGGCACGUGCCAAAGCUGACGCCACCGAUGCGCUGCUCAAGUCCCUGAUGCCCCACCUCAAGUACUCCCGGUACUUCGGUCACGGUUACGUCAUCACCGAGUUCACCAAGGCGCAGGCCGUGCACACCUUCUGCUUCGUCAACACCAUCCUGCAGCGCAACAUCUCCACCGACUGCUCCAAGCAGCUCAAGCAGCUGUCUGGAACCAACCACCUCAUUGAUGCGUAA